AUGGAAUAUUCCGAAUCAUCAUUGGGUCUGGUCAUCGACCUUUUCAAACUUUUGGAGGAACUUGAACAAGGAUUGACGGUCCAUUCACAAACAGGGCUUUGUGCUGGUCAGAGAGGGAUGGACCCUGUUGGACUGGACCCCUGGUCAUCCUGGUCAGUCAAGAUGGAAGAUGAGAAGCCCACGCCCGGUGAUUUGGCAGAUAUUGGGUGCCUGUCGCCUGGAGCUGCCUCCUGCCUGCCCCUGUCCAUGCUGCAGAGCUCCCAGCAGAGGUUCACGGCCGACAUCCACCACCUGGUGCAGGAGGUCAACUUCCCCCUGCGCCGGGACUCCGACUGGACCGGAUCCAGCCACAGCUCAAGCUCACAGCUGUCAGUAGAGAGUGAGUCCAGCACAGCCAGUGCAGAGGGUCCAGACGAGCCUCAGAUAUCCACUUCUCCAAGAGCAGUGCACAGGCAAAGGGAGAGGGACAGGCACCGCAGCACAGUGGUUGCACUACAGGAGAUGGCUAGGCUACUGCCAGUGUCAGAGGAUGGCCAAAAACAGACCAAGCGUCGUGUGUUGCAGCAGUCUAUUCACUACAUUGACUGGCUGCAUACGGAGCUGAAAAUGGCCUACACAGACCUGGGAAUCGAACCCUGCACCGCCAGGGUCAGCCUGAAGGACGUGUGCAGGGAUCUGGGCGUUUCUCCCGCCAUCCUCACCAUGUCCCCGUCCGUGCUCAGCUACGACCUACACAUGCUGGCAAAACACAUCGAGGGGAGAUGCCUGGACGAUCAGCACCCCGGUCUGAAACUGGAGCACCAUCCGUUAGGAACAAUUGGCGAUGUGGACCAGACGGCAGGCAUGGCUGGACUGGAUCACCAACAUGGAGUACAGACUAGCCACAGAGAUCCAGACACCCACGCUUACACCGUGGCUGGAGAAGCAAUGAAGUCUGAAGUCUCAACUUCUUGCCACCAAACUGAGAACAUCAUCAUCACAACACCUAAGCAGUCGAAGAAGAGAUGGAUGAGCCACAAAGAAGCCAGACCAAAACGGAAGACCAAACCAAAGAGAUGCUGCACCGAGUGUCUGGAGGACAGUACGCCCAGGAGAGAGCUUGGAUGGAUGGGGAGGAGGUUGGAUAGGAGCAGGCCCGUCCCAAAUGCUAGGAGAGCGCUCUUCAGUAGCGGCAUGGAGACAACAACCGUUCUAGAUGACGAUGACAGUGGUGACAGAUUCUCCGCCUUCUUCCAGCCUGAAACGUCGUGGAGUGAACCUCGUAGCCCCUCGCCGCAGCAGGUAGUACCAUCAAAUCAGGCCAACGGUCUUGACAAGACUGAUAUUCAGUGGGAGACACCAACCGUUGGCUCUUCGGGUACACAUCCACCAGACUCGGUUGUCCCCGAGGCAGAAGACAUGCCCUACAGCAAGCCCAUCAUGGAUGACUACAUCAAAACCUCACCGUUUGGCCGCCCAGCCUCCUGCCCACCCUGCUACUCUGCAGCAAUGGCAGCUCCCCCCAAGUCGACCCUCACCCCACCGAUCUGGAAGAACCUGGAUGAACAGAGCAUUUUUGACACAUCCAACUCCUCCGUGGACACGCUGCCUGAUGGAAUCUUCGCCGGUCAGUUCCCGACGUCUUGGGACGAGGCAGACAAAGAGUCGAACCAAGAGGUGCCUUCUGAAGACAGAGAUGAAGACAGUAGAGACUCGGGCACCAGGAGGAGGCGUUUCUCCUAUGGCAGGGCGAAGAACAAGAAGAAGUGCGUGAACGGAUUCAUCAUGUUCUGCAAGAUAGUGCGAGAGAAGCAGAAACAGAGGUACUCCGGAUAUGCGUCCACCCAAAUCAGUACCAUGAUGGGGAGGAAGUGGGCUGCCAUGUCACCAGCAGAGAGGAAGCCGUUCAAAGAUGCUGCCUAUGAGUUCAGUCUGAGGAACAACAGGAAUGUCAUCGUGCAGAAGUCUCUGCCGCACGAUGCCUUCGGCAUAACAGGUGCUCUAUGCGGCACCUCUUCUACGUCAACAAUGGAUGCUGCUGGACCACUCUAUACGUCAUCUGUGUCGAGUCUUGUUUCUGAUGCACAUGUCCCUGUAUCAAGGGAGUGUUGUACAGCAACAGUGACUUCACCUCUGUCAGGUGCAUCAGGUGAAGAUGCAGCUACAGUAGAAGGAGUAACAAGUUACAUGAGCUGAUGACAGGCUUUUAGCUAGGAUUUUUUUGUUGGGUGUCCAUUUUUUUUAUUGUAUGCUAUGUGCAGCGAAGAUGCGCAGUGCACAAGCUUUUAGGGGGGCUUUUUUGAAAUUCGUAAUGCUCUCAAACACCACUUUUUGCAUUU